CUCGUGAGUUUGCUUGACAGUUGACACUGUGGGCUUGCGAGUACGCAGCAGCCGGACAUAGGACCCGGAGCCUUCUGUGCACUUUGUAAGAUUAGUAUCCAUGGCGACCGAGGCAGCAGGACGCCAGUACCAGAUGGUGGUACUGGGGGCUUCAGGUUUCACCGGUCAGUACGUGGUGGAGGAGGUGGCUCGCCUGCUGGAUGGUGAGGAGUUCAAGGGCCCCGGGCUCCGCUGGGCGGUCGCUGGCAGAAGCCGCGAGAAGCUGGAAGAUGUGCUGCGGAGGGCAGCGGACCGGAUGGCUAAACCCCAGCUGAAGUCGGACGUUGGUGUUAUAAUUUGUGAUGUUAAUGAUCCACCCUCCCUCGCUGAGAUGUGUAAGAAGGCCUCUGUUGUUCUGGACUGUGUGGGGCCAUACAGGUUCUUUGGCGAGCCCGUGGUGAAGGCAUGUGUGGAGAAUGGAGCACACUUUCUUGAUAUCAGUGGAGAGCCCCAGUUUCUUGAAGGAAUGUAUUUGAAAUAUGAUAGCCUGGCAGCCGAGAAAGGCGUAUAUAUUGUUGGCAGCACUGGCUUUGACUCCAUUCCAGCAGAUAUGGGUGUUCUAUUCACUCGAAACAGCCUGAAAGGUACCCUGACUGCGGUUGAAAGCUUCUUGUCUUUCAAAUCGGGCCCAUCGGGCAUCUCCCUUCACGAUGGAACUUGGCAAUCGGCCGUUUACGGCGUUGCAGACCAAGGCAAUCUCAAGAAUCUCCGGAAGCAGUUGGCAUACAAACGACUUCCUGUUAUUGGGAGAAAAUUAAAGAGAAGGGGUCCUGUAUUCUACAGCAAUGAAGUUAAGAAAUAUGCCGUUCUGUUUCCGGGAUCAGAUGCAUCUGUCGUAAGACGAACACAACGCUACCUGCAUGAACAUCUUCAGGAGACACCUGUGCAGUACUCGGCAUAUGCGGCGAUCGGCGGUCUUGGCUCCGUUAUCACUCUGAUGAUUGCUGGAUUCUUCUUUUUCCUUUUCUCAAAACUUAGUUGUGGAAGAAAGCUUCUGAUAAAAUACCCCAAGUUCUUUUCAUUUGGCUACUUCUCAGCUGAAGGACCAACACAAAAGCAGAUGGAUGAAGCAUCUUUCUCAAUGACAUUCUUCGGAGAAGGGUACAGUGAAGGUCAGGAUCCACAGCAAGGGAAGCCAAACCUGAAAAUCUGCACACAGGUUUCAGGACCAGAGGUUGCCUAUGUAUCCACUCCCAUAGCCAUGGUGCAGGCUGCAGCAACCAUUUUAAAGGAACCAGAAUCACUUCCUAAAAGGGGUGGUGUAUUUACGCCCGGUGCAGCCUUCUCUAAGACCAAACUGAUUGAACGUCUCGACAAAGCAGGCAUCAACUUUACUGUCAUCAGCAAAUCGGAUGCCUGAAUACUGUGAUAUGCUGCACCGAUACGCAUGAUUAGCUGCAAGCAUAGAAAAAAUAAGUGCGUUAUAUUCAUUUUUUAAAUGCAGGUACAGCAUUAAUUGCACUAAUGAACUUGUUUGUCCUUAUAUUGGUAUAGUGUCCUGGUUAACCCUCUGUGUUAACUUGAACUGAAUAAAAAAUAGCACUUAACUUUUCCUGAUAAAA